UAUUAGUGUCUUGCUGGUCCUCCUGAGGAUGACCGAGGGUCUGCUACGCGAAUACAUUAACGAUAAUCUUUAUAAGAACUGGACGGAUGCUCGGAAUUACUGCAUGCGCAACUACAGAGGCCUGGCUGUCAUCACAAACGAAGAAGAAUACGAAAGGGUCCAGCAGAUUGCAGGACCCGCUGGUAGUGGUUGGAUCGGGUUGCACAGAAGCGUUAUGAAUUCGAGUGAAUGGCUGUGGGAUGAUGGGAAAGAGAAUUCGUACUUUCCGUGGAUGACUGGCCAGCCCAACAAUUUCAAUGGUACACAAGACUGCAUUCAGAUCACACCAUCUGGCUGGAACGAUUUUCAUUGCUGGACCAUUCAGUCGUUUUACUGUUACCGAUUUAUUAUCUUAGUUGAAGAGAAGAAGACGUGGGAACAGGCUCUUGAUUACUGCAGGGUUCACUACAAGAACAUGGCCUAUCCUACCACCAACAGUCAACUACAGCUGGCUGAACAGGAGGCCAUUCAGAACCAAGUGAAUCUCGUGUGGACAGGAAUGCGCUUCCUGAACAGAAACUGGUACUGGGUGAAUGGAAAACAGCUGAACAGUUCAAUCUCAAUGCCUUCAUGCCCGGGUUCACAGAGUGGCUGUGGAGCUCGCAACAUCAGGACACAUGUCUGGGAGAACAGACUGUGUGACGAGAAGCUUCCCUUCCUAUGCUACUGGUGAGACAGACUUAUAAGAUCAGCUUCAAGAGGAAAAUUGUGCAAGUUAUGCAGCAUGUCCCAUAGAGAUUUCAUUCUUUUACUCCACAGCAAUAUUUUGACAAUGACAUUUUUAUUUAUUAAACCUCAAUCACACUUUUGAUCCAUUCAAAGGUAUAUUUUAUUUUGAGGAACAUCUGCCAAACAUUAUAGCAGCUAUAAACAGG